AUGACGGUGGGGUUCCUUAGCGUGACCGGAGAGCUGGCGGCUCGAUGGGCACAGCCCGUUGUUUUCCUCGCAGCCAUCCCGCUGGACUUCGACAUCAGCUCCCCGCUGACGUACGGGACGCCCAGCUCGCGCGUGGAGGGCACCCCGCGCAGCGGCGCGCGCGGGACGCCCGUGCGGCAGCGCCCCGACCUGGGCUCUGCGCGCAAGGCCCGCCAAGUCGACCUGCACUCCGAGGGGCCCGCUGAGGACGUAGCGGCAAGCGAGCAAUCUCUUGGGCAAAAGCUUGUCAUUUGGGGAACAGAUGUUAAUGUAACGUCAUGUAAAGAAAAGUUCCAGAGAUUUCUUCAACGCUUCAUUGACCCCGUCGCUAAAGAGGAUGAAGAUGUUGGCUUGGAUCUGAACGAGCCUCGCUACAUGCAGCGACUCGAAGAGAUAAAUAUGGUUGGGGAACCAUUUCUGAAUGUAAAUUGCGACCAUCUAAGGUCAUUUGAUGAAAAUCUUUAUCGGCAGCUGAUCUGCUAUCCUCAGGAAGUGAUCCCUACAUUUGACAUGGCUGCCAAUGAGAUCUUUUUUGAUCGUUACCCGGAUUCAAUAUUAGAACAUCAAAUUCAAGUAAGGCCAUAUAAUGCAUUGAAGACUAGGAAUAUGAGGAGUCUAAACCCUGAAGAUAUUGACCAGCUCAUCACCAUCAGCGGGAUGGUAAUCAGAAGCUCCCAGUUAAUUCCCGAGAUGCAGGAAGCCUUCUUCAAGUGCCAGGUCUGCGCCUUCACCAGCAGGGUGGAAAUCGACCGUGGCAGGAUUGCGGAGCCGGCCGUGUGCAAGAACUGCAACAGCAAGCACAGCAUGGCACUGAUCCACAACCGGUCCAUGUUUUCUGAUAAACAGAUGAUCAAACUACAGGAGUCUCCUGAAGAUAUGCCAGCUGGACAGACCCCUCAUACUGUUGCCCUGUUUGCUCAUAAUGACCUUGUUGAUAAAGUUCAACCAGGUGACAGAGUAAAUGUUACAGGUAUCUACAGGGCAGUCCCAAUUCGAGUUAACUCAAGGGUCAGCAAUGUAAAAUCUGUCUACAAGACCCACAUUGAUGUCAUUCACUAUCGCAAAACUGAUGCAAAACGCCUGCAUGGUGUUGAUGAGGAAACGGAGCAAAAAAUGUUUGCAGAGGAACGUGUGGAAAUACUAAAAGAGCUUUCUAGAAAACCAGAUAUAUAUGAAAGACUCUCUGCAGCAUUGGCACCAAGUAUCUAUGAGCAUGAAGAUAUCAAAAAGGGAAUUCUGCUCCAGCUUUUCGGGGGAUCGCGAAAGGAUUUCAGUCGGACCGGAAGAGGGAACUUCCGAGCGGAGAUCAACAUUCUCCUGUGCGGCGACCCGGGUACUAGUAAAUCCCAGCUGCUCCAGUACGUGUAUAACCUCGUUCCUAGAGGCCAGUACACGUCUGGAAGAGGCUCGAGCGCGGUUGGUCUCACUGCGUAUGUGAUGAAGGAUCCUGAGACACGGCAGCUGGUUCUCCAGACGGGUGCUUUGGUACUCAGCGACAACGGCAUUUGCUGCAUUGAUGAAUUUGAUAAAAUGAACGAAAGUACAAGAUCAGUUCUGCACGAAGUCAUGGAACAGCAGACCCUCUCCAUUGCCAAGGCUGGAAUUAUCUGCCAGCUGAAUGCUCGCACAUCUAUCCUGGCAGCCGCUAACCCUAUAGAAUCGCAAUGGAAUCCCAAGAAAACAACAAUUGAAAACAUCCAGCUUCCCCAUACAUUGUUAUCAAGGUUUGAUUUGAUCUUCUUAAUGUUGGAUCCACGCGAUGAAGCCUACGAUAGACGUCUUGCUCGCCAUCUGGUUUCUUUGUACUACCAAACUGAGGAAAAGAUGGAAGAGGAGUACAUGGAUAUGGCAGUACUGCGGGAUUAUAUUGCAUAUGCUCGUACUUUUGUAAAUCCCAGGUUAAGUGAAGAAGCAAGCCAAGCCCUUAUUGAGGCAUAUGUGGAUAUGAGGAAAAUUGGCAGUGGGAGAGGAAUGGUUUCUGCGUAUCCUCGCCAACUGGAGUCUCUGAUCCGGCUGGCAGAAGCACAUGCUAAGAUACGAUUUUCGGGUAAAGUUGAAACAAUUGAUGUGGAAGAAGCAAAACGCCUCCAUCGGGAAGCUCUGAAACAAUCUGCUACUGAUCCAAGGACAGGGAUUGUGGAUGUAUCGAUUCUUACUACAGGAAUGAGUGUAACGGCUCGCAAGCGGAAGGAAGAGCUGGCUCAAGCCUUGAGGAAACUUAUCCAGUCGAAGGGCAAAACCCCAGCUUUAAAAUACCAACAGCUCUUCGACGAUCUCCGAGCACAGUCUGAAACAGCUAUCACUAAAGAAAUGUUUGAAGAAGCACUUCGGGCCUUGGCUGAUGAUGACUUCUUGACUGUGACUGGAAAGACUGUUAGAUUGCUGUAGGGCAGCUCUCCUUGCAAGGCAGCUGGCAUGGUUUUA